AAGUACUUUCGUCAAGCCGAUCUUGAGAGUUCGGGAUGUCGUUGGGCGCGAACAGAUAAGACUGCUUUUAUAAGACCACAUACGCGGCUUGACAUUAGCUACUUCACUUUCCCCCAUGUUGAACGAAAACCAGUGACCAGUGAGUUGGAAAAAUCCAUCUAAAGACCACUGGCAGUCACCAGACCAAAUAUUGGUCAGAAGGACAACCGCUUCAAUCGCCUUUCGAACAAGCAAGCGGCAUUCAAGCAGAGUAGGGGGGCCUGCUGCUAUUCAGGAUGCCGGACUAUCUUCCUCACGUCAUGAAGCCCACCCUGAUGUGGCAUUGGAGGUCAUGGGAAAACAUCAAGGCCGCUUCGACAUUCACAUUGGCCAACUAUAUGAAUAUCAUCCUUAUUGUCUUCUUCCUAGGGCUUGCGUUAUGGCAAGCAAAGUCCAAACAGAGCGCCGCCGCCAAAGCCGGUCAUGAUAGACGCUAUCUCAAAGCGCCUGAAUUUCCUCCCAUCGAGGAGCAAAUCGACUUCGAUUGGAAAACCACCGAACCAGUCCAAGCCCGGCCUUUCAAGCCCAAAUACCACUUGACCAUGGCCGAAUCUGACUCCUCAGCCCUUGAGAACCUCGCGCCCUCAGAACUGCUGCUCAUGGACAAGACCUACGCCGAUCGCAUCGAAUACCGCAAGGACAUCAUGGCGAAGCACGGUAAGCAUGUUAUCAAUGUAAACGACGAUGAGCGUGUUCGCCCCGCCGUCGUUGAGUUCUACAUCUUCCUGAUGGGCACGUUCCUGCCCUUGCGCUUCCCACAGGUCUUCAAGCUCCACGAGACCAAUUACGAGGCGGGCCAGACAUUCAUGCUCCAGAACACCGUGACAGGCGCACUAUUCCCUGCCAAACCCGGCUCCAAAACUCCGACUUCCAGACUCCUCGAGAUCCUUGGCCGGACCAUCGAUGAGGAUUUUCUAUUCCUUCUGCCCGAAAAGGACACGGAAGAUCCCAAAUACGUGCUCGAAGCAUACGUGACGGUAUGUCCAUCCGGAUUCGACCCGGCAGAGAAAAUCGGCCAGCGACUCGCCGCCAUCCACGGGCCCGUCCCAGGCUACAGCUCCAAGCUGGAAGGUAGCAUGGACCGCUUCUUUGCCAAAAUCGAGCCCGGCAAGUACGUUAAGCGUGUGAACUGGAGCAUAACGACCAACGCGGACCUGUACGCCGCCCAUUCUAAAACGCAUGCACAUGACGGCGACAGGGCCGACGAUACCGUGGAGCUCGACGAGGUGGACGUCGACAAGACAUUCGUCCGCUCCGAGCGGCAGACACUCCAUCGACUGCCAAAGUCGAAGGCACUGGUCUUUGCGUUCCACACAUAUCUAUAUCCGAUCAGACAGAUCAAAGAGGAAGGCUCAGGCGAGGAGCUUGCCGACGCGAUCGACGGCUUGAAGGCAGGUAACGUGCCACAGAUGCACUUUUACAAGCGUGGCGCCGUAUGGGGUGAGGCUGUCAAGAAGUACCUGCGAAGUUGAUGGAGCAGUGAUAUACAUGUCGACAUAUGUAUACAGGUUUUGGAACCAAUCAUGC